GGAUACGGAUGUGUUAUUUGUGAACGUCCUUUGGUUUAAUCUCAAGUCCAAAAUUGUUCCCUCCACCCUGUUUUAGGGUUUAGCGGUUUUACCACUGAGUUCACCUGAUAACCACAGAUUCUGCACUUUUCCGGUCGAUUUUCGACUCUGAUUUCUCGCGUCUUUUGUUUUCUGCAACCCACUGUAAGGUACAUUGAUUUUACGCUGAAGCCGACGAAAUUAUGGCGGAUUUAGAGAAUUUGCUUUUGGAGGCUGCAGGGAGGACCGGGAGAAACCGAAAUUCUAUUCCGCCUUCUAGAAGAGGACGUGAUGAUGGGUAUUCGGAUGGUGGGACUGACUCUAGGGAGGAUGAUUCCGAUGGUGAGAUUGGUUAUGCUGGCAGAAAGCCCUCUGGAUCUCAAGUUCCUCUCAAGAAGAGAUUAGAUCCAGCGGAGAGGGAUGAUAAUGAGGGAAGUCAGGAAGAAGGGGGUGAUGAUGUUGAUGGCCGUUCUGAUCAUGAGGAUGAUAGUAGUAGCGAAUCGAAUAUUGGCGAUGAUCUUUAUAAGAAUGAAGAUGAUAGACGGAAGCUUUCUGAGAUGACUGAACUUGAAAGAGAGAUGAUAUUGUCGGAUAGGGCUUCUAAAAAGGAUGAUAAAAAUCUGCUAGGGAAGAUAGUGUCAAAGCGGGAAAAAGGAAAGGCAAGUGUACCUAGAAAACAGACUCCUCCUCUCCCAUCAUCUCGUGUGCGUUCAUCAGCCAGAUCUGCUGACAGAUCAACUGCCAAGGAUGAUGCGUUAAAUGAACUGCGUGCAAAGCGUUUGAAACAGCAGGAUUCAGAGGCAAACCGCAAGAUGACAGAGGCAUCUGGAGGUUCAGGGACUGGAUUUUUAGCCAAGCACAGACCUUUCACUUCAACAGGCUUUAGUAGCUCAAGUCAAAGUGAGAGUGAAAGUGGAUCUCAUAGUGACGAUGAAAGAAUUGUUGACAGUGAUGAUGACAGGGCAUUAUCUGGAUUUGAGGGUCCUUCAUUUGAGGAUAUAAAAGAAAUCACCAUUCCCCGGUCAAAACUUGCAAAAUGGUUUAUGGAGCCUUUCUUUGAGGAGUUAAUUGUUGGUUGUUUUGUGAGAGUUGGCAUUGGUAGAUCAAAGUCUGGGGCUAUUUACAGGCUAUGCAUGGUGAAAAAUGUUGAUGCGACAGAUCCUGAUCGACAGUACAAAUUAGAGAAUAGAAGCACACACAAGUACUUAAAUCUUGUCUGGGGAAAUGAAACUUCUGCUGCAAGGUGGCAAAUGGCUAUGGUUAGUGACUCUCCUCCACGAGAGGAGGAGUUUAAACAGUGGCUUAAGGAACUGGAGCGAACUGGUGGUCGGAUGCCAAUCAAACGAGAUGUGUUAGAUAAAAAACAAGCUAUAAAAAAGAUCAACACGUUUGUUUACUCAGCAGCUACUGUAAAGCAGAUGCUACAAGAGAAAAAAUCUGCCUCAUCAAGGCCGCUAAAUGUUGCGGCUGAAAAGGAUCGCCUGAGGAAUGAGUUGGAAAAGGCAAUACUUAUGCAUAAUGAAGCUGAAGUGGAGAGGAUCCGGGCAAGGCUGCAGGAAUUGGAGGCAUCCAGGGAAGCUAGGGAGAAGAAUGCUAAGGCAUUGAGGCUUGCUGAGAUGAACAGAAAGAACAGGUUUGAAAACUUAAAAAAUGCUUCCGACUUAAAGCGGAAAGCUUUGAAAGCAGGGGAUGCAGGUUAUGAUCCAUUUUCCAGGAGAUGGACUAGAUCAAGGAACUAUUAUGCUGCAAAACCUGGUGAAGAGGCUGCUGACAGAAACAACAGUGCUGGCAGCAAAGUGGCCAUUGCAGGAAGCACUAUCCCGAAUGUAGCCGUGAACGCAGAGGCUGGCAUGGUGGCUACAGCUGUGGCCUUGGAAGCUGCUGCUGAUGCUGGGAAGUUAGUUGACACAAGUGCACCCGUCGAUCAAGGGACAGAGUCAAACAUGCUUCACAAUUUUGAGCUGCCGAUUUCAUUAUCAUCGCUUCAAAGGUUUGGGGGAUCCCAAGGAGUUGAGGCAGGGUUUAUGGCUAAAAAGCAGAAAGUAGAAGCAACAGUUGGAUUUAGAGUCCCAGAAAAUGAUGGAAGAAGGCACGCGUUGACAUUAACAGUUAGUGAUUACAAGAGAAGAAGGGGGCUCCUUUGAAAUUGCUCCUACUGUCAUACUUGUUGAGGUUAACACUUCCUUUCAGAUAGGUAUUUUUAUCAUUUGGGAACACUCUUCUAGGUAUUAAUAUUUGUUCCGAUUCUAGGUAUUAAUAUGCACAUAAAGUCAAGUUUCAUGCUUAAUGCCAAUGUAUUAUUAUUUAGAGAUAAUAACAAUGUUCUUGUGUGUGUUUAGAUUAUAAUGUGAAAUUAGGAUGAGUUAUGCCAUAUCUUACAAACAAAUAUGUUUAAUAAGCCCUAAAUCUUUAACCAGGAAAGUUAGGAUUUUU